AUGUGCUCAUCUGCACGCUUAUCAUCACAGGGUCUCAUGUGCAGAGAUAGCAGUGACCUAGAUCUGCUACGGUUGCCCGAAGAAGCAGCGCCUCAUCUUGCUGCUAUCUUAGGCAGUGGACCCGGAUCAAGUGGAAGGGGAGGAGGGGGGGGAGGAAGGGGUGGAGGGGGUGGAGGGGGAGGGAGUAGUGGUGGGCUGUCGUCCGUGUGGGCGGAGAACCCCAAGAACUUUCUGCAGCACUGUCCGGUGUUCAAGGACUGGAUCGUCAACAAGGGAGGGAAGCUCAAUAUCCGGGUUUCCUCUGCAGGCCCUGACCACGGCAAGUCAGUGCCCCCCCCCCCUCCCUUCAAUCUUCCCUCAAGCCUCUUCUAUCUUUAUCUCCCUUACUCCUCCAUCUCCCCCCCAUCCCCCCUCCCCUCCUCCUUCCCCAGGUGUUCUAUGCAGAGCAGAGCUGGAUGUGUUCUAUGCGGAGCUGUAUGUUCUGCUGAGGAGGUGGGGCGGGCAGACCCACAGUUCCCCGUGUUCUAUGCGGAGCUGGAUGUGCCGUUGGGGAGGGGGGCCGGAGCGCAGGUGUGGGUGGCGAGGGGGAGGGGGCGCAACAAGGCGGACGCGGAGAGGAGCUGCUGCGUGGCUGCGUGUGAGCGCCUGCACGAGCUGGGGCUGCUCAAGGCACCUUCCUCCUCCAACCUUGCUGCCCUGGGAGGGCAGAGCGGUGGUGGAGGCAUGCUGACCAAGGAUCAGGGACAGACCCCGCGCCUCUCCCUCGAUCCAGCCGACAUCACCCUUCUUGAGGACGUGCUCUCCGAGUUCCACUCCAGCCUGCCCAAGCCACCGUCUCUCCCUCCCCCCUCGCACUCGCCUCCUCUCCCCUCCCACCCUCCCGACUACACCACCCAAGGCAAUGGCUUGCUUCCCCGCCCUCACUCCACAGGCACGCUCCCUUCCUCCUCCUCCUCGCUCCCGUACCCCUCUGGUUCUGGAUCUAACGCAGCAGCAGCAGCAGCAGCAGCAGCAGCAGCAGCAGCAGCAGCAGCAGCAGGGGGAGCAGCAGCAGCGGCGGCAGCAGGAGCAGCAGCGGCGGCGGCGGCAGCAGCAGCAAUGGAUGUAUCUGGACCGUACCCGAGGGAUCCUUACCUGGAUGAACGGUUCAGAUUGGCUGCUGAGAGGAGGAGCGCGGCAAGGGAGAUGGAGGACAGGUGGAGAGCGAGGGAGAGGCUGCCAGCGUGGAAGGAGAGGGAUGCAGUGGUGCGCAUGGUGCAUGCAAACCCAGUGUCGCUCAUUGUUGGAGAGACUGGCUGUGGCAAGACCACCCAGGUCCCUCAGUUCAUUCUGGAAGACUCGGAGCGAAAUGGCACUGCUAGCAGCACACACAUUAUAGUCACCCAGCCUCGCAGAAUCGCAGCUCUGAGUGUGGCAGAGCGUGUGGCAUGGGAGAGGGGCGAGGCGUUGGGCGACAGUGUGGGGUACCGCAUUCGGCUGGACAGCAACCCGCCCAGGGCCAGAGGCAGCAUCCUGUUCUGUACUGUCGGCAUCCUGCUGAGGCGAAUGCAGAGUCCAGAGGGCAUGGAGGGGGUGAGCCAUGUGAUAGUGGACGAGGUGCAUGAGAGGGACAUGGACACCGACUUCCUCCUCAUCGUGCUCAAGCAGAUGCUCUCCUCCCCCACCGUGCCCUCCCGUAUCCGCGUGGUCAUUAUGAGCGCCACCAUCGAUGCCGAUCUCUUCACCUCCUACUUCCACCACUGCCCCAUGCUCGCAAUCCCCGGGUUCAUCCACCCGGUCUCAGUCUACUCUCUGGACGACCUCCCUUCCCUCAUGGGCCGCCACGUGCCAUCAGUGCUGCGCCAAGCGCUGCACCCCAAGUACGGGUGCGCUGACGAGGACGAGCUCGAUGCUGAGCUGGCAGCGAGGGUCGUGGCGUGGGUGGAUGAUGAGUAUGCAAGGGAAGAUGGGUCGAUUCUCUGCUUCCUGCCUGGGUGGGACACGAUAGCCGAAGCCAAGCGCCAGCUGCAGUUCCUUCCGGGAUCGUACCGCUUCCACAUCGUGAUGCUGCACUCCCAGGUGCCACCAGCGGAGCAGAGAGCAGCCUUUGACCGCCCUCCAGAGGGGAAGCGCAAGGUGAGAUAG